CAAAGGUCCUGCAGCUUACGAGGAUCUAACAUCUACGCUGAGCGGCCGGGCGCGGAGCCCCUAUGUCCGGUAUACUGGGGCUCUAUAGGGGGGCGCGGAGCUGAGGGACCCCCAUAUGUUGUCUGGUAUAUAUAUAGAGCGACCAUUUCCUGAAGACGAGAAGUCGCCCCACUAUGCAAAUAAAAGGGAGCGGGCUGUUUGUACCAGACACGAGUAACGUUUCACCUAAGAAAGGCGACCAGGAAAGACGUGUCUGAUGUUCCCAGGUGCCAGCAGAAAUGUGGGGAUGAUGGCCGAAGACUCGCAAUCACCUGACCUUGUAGGAGAAAAAGCGGAGCUGGAGACUGCAGAUCACCAGGAAUAUGUACAAAAUGAAGCAAGCGAUGGCCUUCAGACUUUGCCGUCACCAUCUGAGGUCUCGGAGCCAGACAAGGAGUGUCCUCGCGGUGUCGCACAUGAUCCCAAGAACAAUCCCCACCCCUGUCUUUUAAAGGAGGGCACUGAUGCCGCCAACGUGCAAGGCGAUAGCUUGGACGGUCCUCUGGAGGACAAGACCGCAGAAACUGAUGACGAGACAGAACGGGUUCCCAGUCUUGGGCAAAGCAGUUUGAAAAGCGGAGGCUUAAUAGAAGCAUUAGAACCCUUCAAUGCAGUUUUACGGAUGGACCAGGAGGUGACAACUGUAGAUGAUGAGGGGAGGUUAGGCGUAAGUGAACAUUUACAGCAAUGCGGUGCAGUAGGUACAGAUGGCGGCCUACUGUAUGAUGGCAGCCAGCCACCACAGCCCAUGCAGACUAUGGGUGAAGAGCCAUCCUGCAACCCUGAGGGCACUGCUAAUGAGGCCAACCCUGAGCAACAGGAAGACGACCACAAGGAACAAACAGAUUCUGCCUCCGAUAAUACCUUGGAGGACUCUGGUGAUUUUCCUGGUAUCUCCUCAGUGGUGGGAAGUGUGACUUCCGAAGCGUCUCCACCAUCUACCCCUGUUCAGCGAGAGGAGGACGUCACAGCAGAGAGCUGGCGCACAAAGCGGAAACACGUCUUUGUCUUGAGCGAGGCAGGAAAGCCUAUUUACUCCCGGUACGGUAAUGAAGAGGCCCUGUCUUCCACCAUGGGCGUAAUGAUGGCGCUGGUCAGUUUUGUUCAGAGUGGAAAUAACUCCAUCCGCUCCAUCCAUUCUGACAAACAGAAAGUCGUCUUCCUGCAGGAGGGGCCCCUUGUAUUGGUGUCCGUGUCUCGGGCCCCUCAGUCAGAAGAGCAGCUAAGGAAGGAGCUGCAGUACGUUUACUACCAGAUAAUCAGCAUGCUCACCCAGGCCAGUGUGGCUCGGAUAUUCGAGCGCAAGAAGAAUUACGACCUGCGGCGUCUCCUUGCCGGCUCUGAAAAGAUCCUGGAUAGCCUGCUGGACUUGCUAGAUACUGACCCUGGCUUUCUCCUUGGGGCCGUGCGGUGUGUGGCCUUGCCCAGUCCAUUGCGGGACUCUUUGAGCUCCAUUCUAACCAAGGCCAUCACUCCCAAUCUGGUGUUCUCCAUCUUAGUAGCCGAGCAGCAGCUUGUGACCGUGGUGCAGGAACGGGCAGUCAUUGAGGAUUGCCGCCUGGACCCGGCAGACCUGCAGCUUCUGCUCAACCUCAUCAGUGCCUCCUCUGCCUUUCAGGCGGGGGAGAUCUGGACUCCUAUCUGCCUUCCUCGAUUUAACCCUGACGGUUACUUUUAUGCCUACAUCUCCUAUUUGGACCCCGAGUGCACCGUGUGUUUGGUGCUGCUCUCCACGGAUAAAGAGUCUUUCUACGCCGUGUCUGGCUGUAAGAAGAAGAUCCAGGAGGCCAUGGAAGCACAGAACUCUCUGCAGGCAUUGGCUGGGGCCCUCCGCUGCUGCUCAUAUAGUGUAUCACUUGUAGGGGUCCCUGAGCUCUUGCACUUUGUGUACAAGCCCCUUGACAUCCCAGACACCUACAGACAGCUCCCGCAAUUUACCAGCCCUGAAGCAGACGGCCCGUACUGCAGUGAGGAGGAGCAGCAGAGGCUCUUUGAUCUCUACCGAUAUCUGCACUGCCGCAUCCACAGCUCGGCCAGACCCCUGCGGCUCAUUUACCACGUGGCCGAGAAGGAGACGCUGCUAGCCUGGGUCACCAGCAAGUUUGAACUGUACACGGCGUUCAGCUCCUUAGUGACUAAGGUGGGUGCAAUAAAUGUCAUAACCAAGCUCCUACGCUGGAUCAAGAGGGAGGAAGAUCGUCUGUUCAUACGUUACCCUCCAAAAUAUUCCACCACCCCCGUCCCUGGGAAGGGGGUUAAGUCCAGCCGGACCGAUAGGCCUGAUCCUUCUCAGAACGGCUUCUUCACCGGACUCUAGUGGUAUUGAUCCGUACGCACUGGACCUGCCUAUACCAGGCCAUCUAACCACUGCAUUCUGAAGACCUCCCCCUCCGCUAUGGACUAUAGACUCUAACAAAGCACAGUAUCUGGAGUAAGAUGACCGAUCCCCAUGACCGGUGUCUACCCCCAUCCUGUAACUUUUCUCAUCAGUGUGGUCCUCAAUAAAGCU